AUGCCAGACAAGGAACUUACAGGAUUAUUCAGGGAUCAGUUCUGGCUUGGGAAGACACAACUCUCAAGUGGAUCCGAGUCUCUUCAAAACAGCGCUUGUAUAGCAAGCAUUGUCCGGCUGGUCGUCCUUCUCGAUGUCGAUUCCGAGGAUCUCAUGUACACCAGUACCCUCGCUCAACUCUGGUCCUGCGUCGAAGUCAGCGCUGGCGUCAUCAGCGUCUGCCUCCCAUCCCUAACUACCCUCUUCCUCCUCCUUUUGGGAAAAAGGCCCAGCAACUCCACGCAUCACAUCAUCUCCACUGACAGACACCGCGAUGGAAAGAUAGAGAAUGCAGAAUGCAGUCGUACACUGCAUGCAACGGAUGAGACUCUAUGGCUGCAGAGCCUGGAAUUGAUGUGGGCAAGUCUUCUCAAAUCGGAAGGGAGCGGAUGA